UGGAACGUGGGCCCCCCGCAUCCUGCACCGCCGCUCGGGGGCGGCCCGCGCGCCGGCGCCCGCCGCCGACGCGCGGCCGGCCGCGCUGGGCCCCGCGGCGGGCGGGCUGGUGCUGGUCGAGGCGCUGGCCGCCACGCUCCUGGACGCGCCCGCGCCGGGCGCCCCGGCGGCGGGCGCGGCGCCCGGCGCGCGCGAGGAGGGGGCCACCACGGUGGCUGCGAACCGGGACCGCUUCGCGCAGAACCAGUCCGCCGUUGCCCGCCAGAUGCUGCUGCGGGCGCUGCCCAUCUUCGUGUGCACCGUGCUGCUGAAGCUGACUAUCGAAGAUGGGCGUCGGAGUCUGGCAAACUGGUGGUCUGGGCCAUCCCACAAUCCUUCUGACACUCACAUCUGUCUGAGCCUUGGGGCACUCCACUGCGUGCUGAAGGCACGGUGGCGGAUCUCUAUCGCAGGCCUCGUGUUCUGCGUGUAG